AUGCCUCCAAACGUUGAAUUCGAAUCCUUCCCGGAUGACGCUGACUCUAAAGUGGUCCACGAAUAUGUGCCAUCGGGAAUUUCCAUGCUACCCAAAAUGACUGGUCGAGACACUCCCGCUACAGGUGUCGACAAGUGGUUGGAAUGUCGACGAGCUGAUGACAAGGUUCCUGACAAUCUUUGGAGAGUACAUGACACUUUGUAUGAUUUGACAGACUUCCUCCCUAAACACCCCGGAGGACCUUCUUGGCUUGUACGCUUACGCGGCACAGACAUCACAGAACCCUUUGAAGCCAGUCACUUGCAGAUUGAAAACGUUCGAGCCAUCUUGAAAAAGUAUAAAGUUCGAGAAGCUGAUACUCCUCGAUACUCGCCCAUUACUUUCAAAGAGGAUGGAUUCUAUGCAACAUUAAGAAGACGAUGUGCCCCUAUAAUCAAAGCAGCUGGCAAAGCCCCUUUAAAGCAAUCACAACGUAUUGCUGAUUCCUUCCUUGCUGCCUUCAUUGUAUUGAUGACUGCUACUGCAUACUUUAACAGUUUCGCAUUGGCUGUUGUUGCUGGUGUUGUUGCCGCAUUGUUGUCGGUGACUUCUCACAAUUAUGGUCAUCAAGGCGACAACUUUAGAAUGUACUAUAUGGACCUGACUGUGCUCAACAAUGCUGAUUUUAGAAUGUCCCAUGCUACUAGUCACCAUCUUUAUCCAAACACAAACUGGGACUUGGAGCUCUGGGGACUCGAAGCAACAUGGCCUCUCCUACCAAUGACACCAGUAAACGAAGGAAAGCACACAACCAGCUUCCUCAAAACCCAACUCCUCUGGUUUAUUGGUCUCCCUAUAUCUUGGGUUGUGCGCAUGAAGGGGAUGUUUUGGGAUGGCAAGGAAGUAGUCCGUCCCGAACGAUUCUUGAUGCUCAUUGAACUGUGGUACAUGUUCAAAGUCUCAAACAGCUAUCUAUACCCAAUUCCAUUAUUUGCUUUGAUGCAUUGCUGCAGUGCUUGGACUCUAUUGUCCGUUGGCAUGUACGCUUCCCAUCACGUUUCAACCGAUCAUGGAACAUCUUGGCAUGCAGCUGACGAUAACAUGCCCACUGAUUUUGGGCUUUUGCAAGUCGAAACUACAUCUGACAGAAUUGAAGUUUUGGGUAAUCCUACUCUAAACCUUGUUAGUUUUGGUGAUCACACUCUACACCACUUGUUCCCAACAUUGGAUCACGCCUACCUUCCUCUCUUGUAUUCUCCUUUGGUUAAGACUUGCAAGGAGUUUGGGGUUGAAUUUACGUUCACCACCUAUAUGGACCACAUAAACGGAUGGUUUAAACAAUUGACUCGCAAGGAACCACAAAAGGAUCUAGUUCGAGUAGGACGCGCUGUCCAGAAGACCAAGAAAGAGGAAUAA